AUGACACACUCUAGUGGUAACACCGUUGCUAUGGAGGAUUUAGUGUAUGAUUAUGUAGAAGACGGAAUAGGGGAAGGCGGAGUAGUUCGUGACGUUAGACGCAUUGAAGAAAUCGAAGUCGAAAAUAGUAUUGGAAAUGUGAGAGCCGGAAUGAAACGAAAGCGAGAGGAGACGACGCGUCAAAUUUGUAGCAUGGAAUGUAUCAUACCUACUCCUAUCGGCGAAUCUAAUAAGCUUCUGGCAAUAAGACAAAAGAUUCCUGACAUUGACAAUCCCAUUGUGAGAACAUUGGCCUUAACCCACCGUUCAUACAGCCAUCGCGUGGGAACAAAUUACGAACGGCUUGAAUUUCUGGGAGAUCGUGUUUUAUCUUUCGUAUGUCAGCUUAUAGCUCUUUCCCGCCGCACUGUUUUAAAACUUCCUAUCAGUGUCAGUAACAUAACUACAGCGGUGAAUUAUCUGGUUCGGAAUACUGUCUUAAGCUGCUUUGCUGAGGUAGCGGGAUUCAGAGAACUCUGCAGGACGAGGAACACAUUGAAAGGCAAAGAUCUUGCAGAUUUGGUAGAAUCUUAUGCGGCAGGGCUGUAUUUAGAGGGCGGGGUCAAUAAAGCUAGAAUUUUUGUAGAUGCGUUAAUGGGAGAGUUGUUAGAUCAGUUAUUACAAGCCGUUGGAAAAGAGAGGAAGGAUUUGAGAAAGUGCUGCGUGAAACAUUUCUGUACUCUGUUGCCAGAUUUUGUCGUAUUUCAGUUGUUUGCAAUCGACGGAAGGCAUCCGAAGAAAAGUACUGUUGCUCGUAGAGAGCAGUUGUAUGGCAAACUACAAAAAAGCAUGUUUCAUACAGAUGACGCAAGUAAGCAGUUAAAACAAUUUGCAGAGAAAAAUAAUAUGGAACUUCGCGUAUGGAUUGGGCAAAUAGGACACAUGUUGAGCCAUGCGACGGUAUCGUUGAACGGGGUGAUUUAUGGGACAGGUACAGAUUUAGAUUUGAAUAAGUCUCUGGAUUUAGCAGCGAUGGCUGCUCUCGAUAAGUUGAGGAGCGAAGGGAGACUUUUACUUUAG